CAUCAAACCGACUCGACUGGAGCUGACCUGGCUAAUCCCCCUGCCCCCUCCAUGCGAAACGCUCAACCGCCCGAUCGAUCCCAUUCUCGCAGCAUCGCUCCGUAACCCUAGUCGCCGCCGGUCAGCCCGGCUCCUCCGCCCGCGCCACCGUCGCCAGGUUCCUCUUCGGCCCACGUCGCCGCCGUCUCUUACUCUCCCCCGCGUGGUCGGCGGCGGCGGCGCCAUGGAUGCCUCUAAGCAGAAUAAAAAGCUCAAGGAUGUGGAGAUCAGUUUUCCGAUCGUCUAUGGAACCAUUUCUUUCUGGCUUGGUAAAAAGGCAAGCGAGUACAACUCUCACAAGUGGACUGUUUAUGUCCGCUCUGCAACGAAUGAGGAUCUGAGUGUCAUAGUUAAACGCGUAGUGUUUCAACUUCACCCAAGUUUCCAAAAUCCAACAAGAGUUGUAGAGCAACCACCUUUUGAGUUGUCUGAAUCUGGGUGGGGAGAGUUUGAAAUAGCGAUUACCCUGUAUUUCCACAGUGACGUCUGUGAGAAGCGCUUGGAUUUGUUUCAUCAGCUUAAGCUUUAUCCAGAAGAAGACACCGGACCUCAAUCAACCAAAAAGCCAGUUGUUGUGGAAACAUACGAUGAAAUUGUCUUCCCGGAGCCUUCAGAGGCUUUUUUUCAGCGGGUGCAAAAUCAUCCAGCGGCUGCUGUGCCUAGGCUGCCUCCUGGUAUAACAUUGCCUCCUCCAGGCCCUAUGGAAACUGUUCCGUAUGAUAAGAAGCGUGGUGACACUAAGGAUCAUCCUUUGUUCCAGUGGUUCUCGAAUUUCUCUGAAGCAGAUGAGCUAUUAAAACUGGCUGCGGCUCGUCAACAGGUGCAGGCUCACAUAGCCAAGCUGAGAAGGCAGUUAAGCAUGAUAGAAGGAAUGCCCCAACAAUCAAAAGCCGUUUCUGUUCCUGGACAACAGUUUGGGCACAUCUGAUGUAACACAUGCUACAAUGUUAGCGUACCUGGUUGUAAGGAAGAUCUUAGAACUUGCCAACCUUACAACAACUGCUUAAUUAACAAAUCUGAUGUGUGUAUCACUGUAUCUCAUUGAAGUGGUUGCCUCAGGCUUGCAACUGAUGUUCUAAUCAGCAAUUUAAUGUACAAAUUCUAUGAAUUUUAGUGGCCUUAUGCUUCCUAAGAGAACAUUACUCUCCUGCUUUUCUGUA